AUUGAAAACGUGAAGGCAACAUCUGAAUGAGAAAUGGGAAUAUAGGAGGUUAGGUGCGUUCCUUGUACUUCAAUUGCUGUGCUUUGCUUUCAGGUACGUUUUCAACAGGAGCGCGCAGUCUACCUAAGUCUAUGGAGUUGUUGACGCAUUCCUAACCUCCAACAUGAUGUCGCGAAUGCAGGUUUUAUACGAUUUAACAGGAAAUUCCAUGAAUUCUCGCGUUCGGCUAAUCCGAUAAUAAUCCGGAUUAAGGAUAGGGCCAUCGUAAAACGAAAUCGAUUCGCACGUCGCUCGGUGCGGCCGGCUGAGACCAGCUGAGACUCAUGCCUUGACAGCUAUGGAGGAUCAGAUUCACUCGGAGUUGAUUCUGAAGGAGGAGCAAGACGAGGACGAGAUCAAGGAGGGCCGAUGCUCCGCCGAGAGCGAGAAGAGCGUCACCCCCGGCGGGGCCUCGAUCGGGAUACGGCCGAAGCCGCUGAUCUACAAGCCGGAGAACGUGAGCUGCAAGUCCGAGCCGAUCGAGACGAAGUGGCACUGGGCGCCCGGAGCGUGGCAGGACGCGACCCGGACCAGCGCGUUUCAACCGUACAAGCCACCCACCCUGCUCACGAAUUUGCAAAGAGGCAACACUCAGACGCAGAUACACCAGCUCUACGUCGGCAACGACAUCACGUUUCACACUUUGGCAGGUCAGGGGGAACUCACGUCCGAUCAUAUAAACCCAAGUACAGUGGACAAGAUCGAUGAGAAGGGUCUAACGGGCUUGAUGUGGGCCUGCGCUUACGGACAAUUGGGUAGCGCUAGGCAAUUGAUCAAAAAGGGCGCCAGUAUUAAUCAUUGUGGACCAAACUUACAGACCAGUCUGCACUACGCGGCUGUCUACGGCCAUCACGACGUUGUCAAAUUAUUGUUGAACAAUGGCGCUGACCCUAACGCAUGCGACGAGGACGGUAAUACUCCAUUAAUAUAUGGAGCAUUUUGCGAUCACCCUCACGUGUGCUACGAGUUGUUAACAAAAGGCGCGGAAGUGACAAUUAAAAAUUCCGCAGAUGUAAACGCUUAUAUGGCGGCGAUUACGAAUAAGUCUAUGAAUGCUAAAGCGGUUAUUGAGAAUCACUUGAUUCCACAAAUUAUAAAUAUACCAACGGAUGAAUUAUAACGAUAUUUGUAUAUUGUGUACGUUUUUACAAGUUGUAAAUAAAUAUUAAGAAACAGCAGUAUA